ACCCCUCUCUCUCUCUCUCUCAGCCCUGAGCAGUCACCUCCCCCACCCCCCCUACUAUUUAUCUUGUGAAUUGUGUUCCCUUAUACGUACCCCUCUCUCUCUCUCUCUCUCUGGGAUUCUUUUGUAAAGCUUACCAAUGGACAAAAUGUAUGCAUGAAUUCAUUCCCACACUCUACAGAUGGUGGGUGUUCAUUCUUUACUUGUCAAUGUUCGAAGCCGAUGUGAAGUUCAAGCAGAAAGAGUAUGAGAGGCCCUUUAUCCUUUUGCCUUGGGGUUAUCCUCCUCUUCCAUGCCUCUUUCUUGGCUUCCCCAUACGAUGGGCCCCUGUAUGAUUCUUCUGCUCACACAAAGUGCAAAGUGCAACCGGAGGAGCCGCUUUACAAUGGAGGGAUCCUAAAAAAUCAGGCACUGGAUGUCCACCCAAUUGUCGGUGACAAUGGAAACACAGAUUAUUGGCCUGCUUUUGUGUUGCAAAAUCUCACCCAAGGCACUAUUUACUGCUUCUCCAGUUGGGUGCAGAUAAAUGGUGCAAGUUCAGCUCAUGUGAGGGCAAGCCUGAUGACUGAACAUGAAAUCUACAAUUGCAUAGGGACUGUUGUAACUAAAUAUGGAUGCUGGUCUUUUCUCAAGGGUGGAUUCGAAUUAACUUCAUCGUCAAAUUUUUCUCUUCUGUACUUUCAGAAUUCAAAUGACAGCAACAUCAAUAUAUCCAUUGCAAGUGCUUCUUUGCAGCCCUUCACCAAAGAGCAAUGGAGAAUGAACCAGCAGAAUAAGAUUAACAGUGAAAGGAAGCGCGCAGUAACUGUUCAUGUUUCGGAUGGUCAUGGAGACAAAUUGCAAGGGGCAGAGAUUAUGGCAAAGCAAGUCUCAAAAGAUUUCCCCUUUGGAUCUGCUAUAGCAAAGACCAUCCUCGGAAAUGUUCCAUACCAGAAUUGGUUCGUUGAGCGAUUCAACGCGGUAGUUUUUGAAAACGAACUCAAGUGGGAAGCAACAGAGUCUAAACCUGGACAGAUCAACUACACCACGUCAGACCAAAUGCUGGAAUUUGUUCGAGCAAAUCAAAUCGUCGCCAGAGGGCACAACAUUUUCUGGGAAGACCCAAAAUACAUACCAGAAUGGGUUAGGAACCUAACUGGUUUGGAGCUGCAAUCAGCUGUCAGCUCGCGAAUAGAAAGCCUAAUGAGCAAAUACAAAGAGGAAUUCAUCCAUUGGGACGUUAGUAACGAAAUGCUUCACUAUGAUUUCUAUGAGCAAAGGCUUGGCCCUAAUGCCACAUUGCACUUUUUUGAGACAGUGCAUGAGGCAGACCCUUUAGUGACGUUGUUUAUGAAUGAGUUUAAUGUGGUGGAGACUUGCAGUGAUGAGAAUUCUACAGUUGACGUGUAUAUUCAAAGGAUGAGGGAACUGAAGGAAGGUGGAGUGGAAAUGGAUGGAAUUGGUUUGGAGGGUCAUUUUACAGUACCAAACCUUGCUUUGAUAAGAGCUGUGCUGGAUAAGUUGGCUACGCUUGGGCUUCCAAUUUGGCUAACUGAAGUUGAUGUUAGCAGCAAACUUGAUCAGGAAACUCAGGCUAUUUAUCUAGAAGAAGUAUUGAGAGAAGGCUUCUCUCAUCCAUCCGUUCAUGGGAUUAUGAUGUGGACUGCCUUGCAUCCAAAUGGCUGUUACCAAAUGUGCCUAACUGAUAACGACUUUAAUAACCUUCCAGCCGGUAAUGUAGUCGACAAACUCUUGAAAGAAUGGCAAACUGGGCCUGAACAGGGCCAGACAGAUGAACAUGGUGCUUAUGGCUUCUAUGGAUUCUUAGGUGAAUAUCAGGUGACUGUAACAUAUGGUAACAGAUCUGUCAAUUCAACUUUCUCCCUGUGUAAAAGUGACGAGACGAGACAUUUUAACAUUCAACUUUGAUUUGGUGAUAUA